CAAGGGGGCAGCACUUGAAAAAUGACCUGGUUUUCACUUGAUAGGAUAAAGGAACAUUUUCAGUUACACCCAAGCUGGCUAUGAUGGUUGCUUUGGUUUAGGAAGCAGAAGCUCAUCAUGGGAAAGACAGAAGAAGCAGCUGCAAGAGUCCAUGUGGAAAGAGAUAAGCUUGAAGCACAGUACAAACAAUAUAAAACAUUGAUAAAUGAAUUGUCACAGCAUUACCAGACAGCAAAAUGUGGUGCCUUUCUGGACAGAUACGAAAAACUAAAGGACAUGAUUAAAGCCUGCUAUGAAGGUUUUGAAAAGGUGAAACAAGAAAAUAUCCGAGCUGCCACCAGGAGUGGGGGUUUAAUGGGAGCAGCCAUGGCACUAGCUGAAACAGAACGCCAAGUGGAAGAGAGAGAAAUACUGAUUUUAAAAUACAAAGAAAACUCCAAAGAAGAGGUACGAGCACUCACUGAAAAAAUGGAAUCUCAAGUUAAGGAUUAUCGAAAGAAAGUAUUGCAUAUUAAGAAGCUGAUUGAAACCAUGCAUGAGAACUAUGAGGCAUCCAAGAGCCAGUUUCCUAAACAGAGAUACGAGACCAUGAAAAACAUAGCUAAAAGUGUGUUCAGUGAUCCAAAUAUUUGACAGAAGUACUAAAUUUGCAUUUCAUUGUCAGAAGGGAUCUGUUUUAUAUAAUAUGUCAACACAAAAACAAGCAAAAAAUGCCAGUGUAUAAAUAUGUAUAUAU